AUGUGCGGCCCAGAUAUACCCAGCGACAUUGCCGGACAGAAUGGACCUUUGCUCAUGGGAUACCUGUUCUCGUAUCUCUUGCAAGGCAUCCUCAUAGUGCAAGUAUUCAUCUUCUGUAGCCAGCCGACGUAUGCAACGGAUAGGUUGCCGAUAAAGGUCACAGUGUGGAUUGUCUUCUGCUUGGAGAUAGUGUCAACUGCCUUUGCUACUGUCUCGGCGUGGUAUGGCUUAGCUUCGGGGUGGGGGGACCCGCGAACCCUCAUUAAUCCUAGCUGGGCUUUCGCGUAUACGCCGGCCCUCCAUGGAAUCAUCGCCCUCAGCGUACAACUGUUCUUCUGUUGGCGUAUGACUCUGUUCGGAAGCGGUUUCGUAGUUCCGUCCUUUAUAGCCACUGUUUGUCUUAUGCAAUCGGCUAUGGCAAUCGCUUGCGGCGUGAAGAUCUGGGAGCUACCUGAUCUCGACGCCAUUUACGGCAUAAUACCCUUCGUUUCUGUCUGGUUGGGAGGCAGCGCAUUCUGUGAUAUUAUGAUCGCUAUAAACAUGGUUUACCUACUUUACAGAGCGGGACGCGAAGCCGACUUCAAAGCGACUUACCACCUUCUCUUACGUCCCAUAAUGAUAUGCGUAGAAACCGGAAUAAUGACUGCGUGUUCCUCCAUCAUGCACCUCGUUCUUUUCUUGGCCAUCCGCAACGAUAACGCCCACUUUACCUUCCUAUUCCUGACUGCCAAGCUAUAUUCCAAUACACUCCUUGCUACAUUAAACAAAGGACAGUCUUCCUGGGAAGCCGAGCUGGACAGGAUCCAGCCAUCCCGUCUCAGCGGUCGGACGCCUGCGACUGUUUUUAUUACAACCAGCACUUCCACGCACAAAGACGAUGAAGCCGUUCUGGAUAUAGGCCAUGCCAAUAUUGUCUGA